CACUGUGUUCCAGCAUCGCUCUAUGGCGCCCACAACACAGAACAGAGCGAUCCCGAGUCCACCAGGUUGCAGAAAGGGGCCUUUGACAGUCGAAGGCCGUGUUUUGAGUAGUUUAAAAAAGCUCUGAAUAUGGACAACACUGUGUACGUACAGCCCCAUCUCACUCGUUUCUCUCGGGACGCGUAGUUUAUGGGUUCGCAGGGUCGCGAGGAAGAACAAGGAGAAUCCCGAGGACUCCAGCUGGAUCCAUGAAGAAUCUGGAUCUUCAAACCGCCCGUUUUCCUCCUCGCUGAGCGUAAGGAUUUAGACAGGAUGGCUGGAACUGGGAACAGCUCAACAUCUGGAAUGGGUGACAUCAUCCAGCUGAAUGUUGGGGGAACGAGAUUUAGCACAUCAAGGCAGACUCUGACAUGGAUUCCUGACUCUUUCUUCUCAAGUUUACUUAGUGGGAGAAUAUCAACACUACGGGAUGAAACUGGAGCUAUCUUCAUUGACAGAGACCCAACAGCAUUUGCACCCAUUUUAAACUUCCUUCGAACUAAAGAAUUGGACUUGAGAGGGGUUAACAUAAGCAUCCUACGACACGAAGCUGAGUUCUAUGGUAUAACACCUUUAGUGCGACGCUUACUGCUUUGUGAAGAACUGGAGAGGUCCUCUUGUGGAAGUGUGCUGUUUCAUGGCUACCUCCCUCCACCAGCUCUGCCGGUGCGGAGCAGUGCUGUUGGACAGGCUUCAACUGUUGUUGGUCCAGAGGAGCGCUCGGGUCCCGCUGGUGCAGAGGGGGGUUACCCUCGCUCCUGCCAACAGUCUUCUCUGCCUGGACCCUCUGGGGCAGAUGGACCACACAGACUGGGAUCACCAGUGGACCCUAGGAAGGUGCUAAUUGUCGCUGGCCAUCAUAACUGGAUUGUAGCUGCUUAUGCACAUUUUGUCAUUUGCUACAGGAUAAAGGAAUCCUCAGGCUGGCAGCAGGUGUUUUCCAGCCCUUACCUGGACUGGGCCAUUGAGCGUGUGGCUCUCAAUGCUAAAGUUGUAGGCGGACCACAUGGAGAUAAAGACAAGAUGGUGGCAGCGUCAUCAGAGAACAGAAUUAUAUUGUGGAGCAUCCAGGACGGAGGGAAUGGAAAUGAAAUAGGUGUGUUCAGUCUUGGUGUACCUGUUGAUUCUCUAUUUUUCAUCGGGAGUCAGCUAGUCGCCACCAGUCACACGGGGAAGGUAGGAGUGUGGAACGCCGUCACACAGCACUGGCAGGUGCAGGAUGUGGUGCCCAUCACAAGCUGUGACACUGCUGGCUCUUUCCUCUUGUUGGGCUGUAACAACGGCUCCAUUUACUAUAUCGACAUGCAGAAGUUUCCGCUGAGAAUGAAGGACAAUGAUUUGCUGGUGACAGAGCUUUAUCACGACCCUUCAAACGAUGCCAUCACAGCCCUCAGUGUCUACCUGACUCCUAAAACCAGUGUGAGUGGGAACUGGAUUGAGAUCGCAUACGGGACCAGCUCAGGGGCUGUGCGUGUCAUCGUACAGCAUCCAGAAACGGUUGGGUCAGGUCCACAGCUCUUCCAGACCUUCACUGUUCACCGCAGCCCCGUCACCAAGAUCAUGCUCUCGGAAAAGCAUUUGGUUUCAGUGUGUGCUGACAAUAACCAUGUACGGACAUGGACGGUGACACGAUUUAGAGGCAUGAUCUCCACUCAGCCAGGGUCCACUCCGCUGGCCUCAUUUAAGAUCAUUUCAUUGGAGGAAACAGAGAGCCACAACAGCUAUUCCUCUGGAAAUGACAUCGGUCCAUUUGGAGAAAGAGACGACCAACAGGUGUUCAUUCAGAAAGUCAUUCCCAUCACCAACAAACUCUUUGUUCGUCUGUCCUCUACAGGAAGGAGGAUCUGUGAGGUGCAGUCAGUAGAUUGCACCACUAUCACGUGUUUCACAGUCCGAGAGUGUGAGGGUUCGAGCCGCAUGGGCUCCAGGCCACGACGUUACCUUUUCACCGGCCACGCCAACGGGAGCAUCCAGAUGUGGGACCUCACCACUGCCAUGGACACGGCCAACAAAAGUGAUGACAAGGCCAAGCGGGAGACAGAGGUGGGAGGUCCAACAGAGGAGGAGCUGCUGAAGCUGCUUGACCAAUGUGAUUUGAGCACAUCUCGCUGUGCCACACCCAACAUUAGCCCCGCCCCCUCGGUACUGCAGCACAGCCGACUGCGAGAGUCCUGCUCCAGUCUCCAGCUUCAGGCUCAGGAGCCCAUCCCUGAGACAGCCACCUAUGGAGCCCUGAGGCCAUACCGUGAGAGCCCUCUGCUGGCCCGCGCUCGGCGAACAGAGAGCUUCCACAGCUACCGGGACUUCCACAGCUUAAACCUGACCAAAGCCUUGCUGGAGAACCACGGCCAGUGUGCAUCCACCGAGGAUGAGAUCCGGCAGUCUGUGGGGGAAAACAUCGCUGAGGACGCAGACAAACGAUACUCCACCAUUGAUCUCAGUACAUCAAGAGCAUCUGAAACACAGCCUGCAGUUACGCGUAAACCUCCCGACAGCCCUGGAGACCAGAGGCGCAGAGCUCAUCUGACGGAGGAAGGAGCUUCGGACUGCAGGAGGAGAGGGACGUUUGAGGCCAAUUUUCUAAGCAGGAAAAAGGCUCCUCUAGUUCCAGAACUCAGUCCUCCACCUGCGGGAGCUGAUGGAGGCGGCAGUGACUCGUCCAGCACCGCUUCACCCUCACCAACUAAACUUUCUACUUCCCCACGCCACCGAAAGCCACCCGACUCUGCAUGUGAGUGAUGGUUUACAGUGAUUCGUCAUCACACCAAAUACAAUAAUCUCUGACAAGGAGAAGAAGGUAAAUGAAUGGAGGAUUUCAGAAGAGAAGGAUUUGAGGAUGUAGAUGUGAAGAUCUGACAGCUGGCAGCUAAAAUAAAAACUCACUGUGGACAGAUUUAAAGGGAAAAUGCACACUCACAGUACAAAUGCACCACACUUUUUUUUACGCCUCUUAAGCUUUUGUCAGCCUUUAAAUGUUGACUUCAUUUUUCUUUUCACUUUUCCAAGCUUGAAAAAUAGAAUCAUUUGCCUAAACUUGUCAUCCUCUGGAACAACUGAACAGUAUAUGCAAUCAGUUUAAUUCAGUCAUUUAUAAUUGGUUUUAUUAUGCCUGCAACCUUAAUGCUAAACUUAAGUACAUCUUAAAAUGAAAAUGUGAUCAAUUUAAACGAGCUUUUUAUUCAUUUUAAUGCCAGUUAAAACCUAAAGGAAUGUCUUUCAUGGAUCAAAAAAGGGAGAGUUUAACAGAAUGUCUGACCUGCUUCUAUAAAAGGAAAGUGGACAGAGACUGGGGCUUUUCAAACUCCAACAAGACUAAUUAAAGCACUAUUUAUAUAGUAUUAUAAGCACUGAUUACAGACGCAAAUGCUGUAACGGCCCAUUCACACAUGCUUCCCAUUCACUUUGAAUGGGUGACGUAAAUCAUUGCUGAACUGAAUUGUGGAUCCGUCGGCGCCACUUCAGUGGCAUUGCUCACUGCUGAAGUUGGGAAUUUCUCAACUUUUCAAGCACCAACAGACGCAUCAGCCACUGAGGGGCGCGUUUCCCAAACAACGACAUAACUCGCGGCUGAACUAUUAUAGUACAAUGCAUUGUUUGGGAAAAGAACGAUGUAGUGACGAGUGUUUCCCAAAACACGUAGUUUCUCUUUUGCAGAUCCAUCGUUUGAACCACGUUAGUUAUAACGUAAAACCUCCAUGAUGACGUUCUAAACAGGGUGGAGUAACAACUUCUUUAGAGAAAAAAAACAUCAUUUUUUGUGCAAAUUAUAUUGUUUUACACGAUAACUAAAAAUCUAAUAUUAGUUUUGGUAAAAACAUGCACUCGCUUUCCAUAUUAAUUGAAAUAUAUAUAAACAACACAUAUAGGACCUAUAUAUGUUUCUAAUCUCAUAUAUAAAUCAUAUACAUCUUUAAUAGUUGUAGGUAAAAUUUACAGUAGACUUAUUUAUUAAGAAAUUUAAAAAAUCCUACUUAAUAGCAUUAUUAAUAUUAUUAUUUAAGUAGGCUAUUGUUUAUUUAUUUUUUUAUUUACUUUCUUUUUUUUUUUGAAAGUCUACUUUUACAACACAUUCAAACCACUGCAGAAAUGUUCCUAAAAGGCCCAUGUCUGUAUACAAUACAGAUUCAUUUCUUAAUAAAUAACCUACUAAAAAUGUAACAUAAAUUCCGCUUUUAAAUAAAUGUUCACCUACAGCUUUCGUCAUGAGCCUCGCCUGUGUUCAAAAUGGCAUAAAUGUUUUCAAAGAGCACUGCGAAGGGAACGCAAUUUUCAAUAUGAAGAUCGCUAAAACUGAACUGUAAAAAUUCUUUGAAAGCAAAUUACACCUAAGAGUGAUAACUUUAAUGCUUUUUUAUUUAAAAUCAUUCUAAGUUUAAAUGUUGGAACAUUCUAAAUGAAUAGGGCAUAGGGGGGAUAACAAGGAAUAGAACACAACCAGAAACUAUGCGUCUAACUACAGCACUAGAGAUUAGUAGUUGUAAGCUUACAGGUUUGUGAUACAGUUUGCGCAUAUUCGUUGAAAUGACGGAUUUGGGAAAAGCCUAAUCAACAAACUAUCUUUGUAACAACGGAACUUGCGACCUUAGUUAGCUAGCUCAGAAAGUAGCUAAUUGUGGACUAACUUCAUUGGCUGACGCUGCUAUGGUGAUCGCAUCAGCCCCAACUUCAGAUACGUUCUCCCUCAAGCGUUGAUACUGAAAUCCUGUGUGAAUCUGGCAAAAGACAGAACUAAUCCAUUGAAUAGUCAAGCUUUGAAUAGGAAAUGAUCUUUUUUGAUAUUUGAGUGAAAUGCUAAUGGUCCAAUCCGAUUCAAAUAUUUAUGCUAAGCUAGGCUAAAAGGGCUUCGGCUAGACACAGAGAUUGGCUGAAUAGAUUUAACAUUUUUGGAACUGUUUAUCUCUAGGGAACUUAGAAAACUAGGAACUUAGUAAAACGUAGUAAAAUUAGCCUAUUUACAAAAAGUGGGGUGUUCCUUUAUACACCAGCGCAUCUUAGAAAUAAUUGAGUUCCCUUUUGAGGUAUUGAUGAUAGUGGCCUUUAAAAAUAUAGGGACGGAUUUGCUAUCAUCACCUCUAAUGGAAAAGUCAGUCUAGAUCAGAGGUCUCAAAUUGCCGGCCCGCGAGCCAUUUGUAUAUACAAUUAUGGCCAAUAUAUAGUACUAUAUUUUCCAUCUUUGUUGUAGUUUUACUAAAAAGAAAGAUAAUGAGAAGAACAAUUGCCAGUAAAGUCAAUAAACUUCUGCUUUCUGCUGUCUUAUGCUAUCUGUUAAACUUUUGGCUAAGCAACAAUUGAUUGAGACAGAAUAAUAAUAGUUAUUAUGCCUAUUAUUAUUAUUAAAUUGAAGUAUAUUCAUAGCACUUUAAACUACCCCUACAAUAACAAGAAACAAAAAAAGGAGCUGUGAAUAUCUGAGUGCAUCAGUUACAUCAGGUUUCCACUUUUUUACAUCUGCUUGAAUGUUAAAGCAGGCCUCCUCUAAAUUGUCAGUCACUGAUAUGGCCCCCCACCAAUUUGACCCUUGGUCUAAACACUCUGCUCUCCUUUUUGUACCAUGGAAGACAACAGGAUGAAAAGCAUGCAGUAAUACCUUAGGUGAACUGUUGCUUCAAAUAAAUGGCUUGCUAUUGUCUUAUAAAAUUAGUGUAGUAGUAAGAUUAGCAAACUGAUGCUACUGUCCAUUAGCAGGACCUUCAAAACACUCUGAUGCACUUUAUAUGUCUGUCUUUACACUCAUCCCUUUGUAAAAAAAGAGCCAAGCCGAACCGUGAACUUCUACAAGAAUCAUAAGCCUUUGACGUAUUCCAUUUCUUUCUUUCUUUCACUGAGCCUUGCAGACUGUACAAAGUCUAUGAACCUCCAGCAUGCAUCCGUUUUUAGCAUUUAUUCAGUGCCUUUUGCUAAACGUGGAUAGCUACUGCUGAGAAAUCAAAACAGAUUUGUCUUUGUCAUUCUAACGUUAGAGUUAGUUGGAUUAUUAUCACAUUAUGCAACUGAUUUAAGUGAAACAAUUCAAAAUGUUCCCGCAGAAUAAGACAGCAUUUAGAUGAGCAGUGGUAGAUUUAGGCAUGGACAAUAUGAGCGGUCGCCCAGGGCGGCAUCUUGCUAGUGGCGACAUGGAGAUCCCCCAAACCCCCCCACCACUCCGGUUAUCACUUUUGUUCGUGAAAUACCCCCCCCCCCCCCCCAUCACACACACACAACACACCUCCAAAACCCAUGCCACGAACACCGCUAGGGCGGCACGAUCAUCAUUUGCCUAGAGCGCCAGCUAAGCUUGCGACGGUAUUGUAGAUAAGGACAUUAGGGAAAGGAAAGGAAAGGAACAUAAUGUUUUAAAAACAGCUGUCAGUUUUACUGGUAGAGGACUAACAAAUUUACUAUAUAUUUAAAGUGCUAAAAUGAAUCAAGAAGUUGUCAAUAAUGUCCUUAAGUAUACUUUAUCAUUUGCAUAUUAAGAAUACAUGGUAAAGGAUUAUUUAUAUUUGACAUGAAGUUCAUUUUGAAUUGUCAUAUGAUGAGCAUGGUCACUUAUUCCACAGCCAUUACUGUUUGUGCCCAGUUUUGUUUACCUGAGAAAUGUAAAGUACAUAUCUAACUGUCAAUGAUACAUAUCUAAUGUAGUAGUGGAAUAUUGUAGUUAACUGUUGCUAUGUGAGAUUAUCAUUUUAAUUGUAACUAAAUGAAAGCCUUUACCCAAAUACUUACACUUCAUAUGAAGGAAAAAAUGAGAUUUGAUCAAUGCUAUGCAAUCAGUGAUUGUUCUGACAGUAGGCCUGAAAUCAAUGAAUGAAUGAGUAGUGGAAAGUUCAAUGGACUACAGCAUGAAGUUAAUAACAACAACAACAGCAUAAAGUUAAUCAAAUAAAUGCCACUGCAUGUUUCAGGUGACAUUUCCAACAACGACGUUGCUCAUAAAUCUAUCAAAUCUGUCUAAACGUCUUUUUAAAAAUGUGUUUUGUUGCUUGUUUGCUCCUGUGUGUGGUGAUCUUUUUAAUUACUACAAAAUGGUGUCAAACUGGAUAUGCAUACAUGUGUUUUGAUCACAUUUAUUUUGCACUAAUGAUUUAAUUUUCGCCUUUCUCCUGACAUAGCAAGCUAAAUGAAACUUUUAUAUUUUGUUAAUAAUGUAUUUCGUUUAUGUGCUCUCUGAGAUGUUUCAGCAUUGGGGAAUAUCACAUUGACAAGAGUAUGACACUUUCUGCUUGCUUUUAGAAAUAUCGUCAUAAUCUGAUGUGUUUUUAAGCCUGUUUUUGUAUCGGGUAAGAGAUUAUUUUGUGUUUUUUUUUUAUCUAAUAAUACUUCUCAGAUCAUGACGUGGCUUCAAGAUCAAAGUACAGAUCAUACUUUAUGAAAUAAAAAAAUUAAUAAGUGAAAAUGGUACAUGCACUACAGAUCGGUACUCAGCUUCUGUACGUCUCCAGUGGCUCAAUAAAAUAACCAAAUUCA